AUGGCGCGCCGCUUGUGGUUCAAGCUUCAGGAGAUCUCGAUCGAGUUUGCUUCUCUGACCGACGGCGUUGGCCGUAUUCGGGAUCUUCGAGAGAAAAUCGUCGUCCGCUAUUUGAACCGCGACGUUCAAGAUCAAGUGGAGUUUUAUGCGUCUCCAACAGAGCAACAAGUCAAUCGACCUCUCGACCUCGACACUAAAGUGGACGGUCUUGGAGUGGAGUUGGAGCUCCCGAUUCUGGUGGAUGCGCCUCUGGUGUUUCCUCCAAUUCGCAUCGUGCCGCAUGGUCUGGUGCUCGGAGCGCCGCGCCUGGAACGCGCUCAACUGCUGGACAAAGUGCACGCGAGUCUGAUAGACGACCGACAGCGAUUCGUGCUCCUGGUAGCGCCUGAGGAGUCCGGUAAAUCGUCGAUACUCAUGCUGUUCGCUCACCAAUACGCUGAGCUUUAUUGCAUCGAAGUUCCGUUCAUGAUCGAGAGAGGGUCACCUUUUAACGUCUUCCGGAAACGAUGUGGGCUGGAUAUCUGUAUGAAGGAGUCUUCUCUUUCCAAAAUCCAACAGCACGUGAUCAUGAUCGACGACGCUCAAGACAAAUACGAGGACAAGGCAUUCUGGAAGGCCCUGGUAACGGAGUCCCCGUCGUGGUUGCCCAGUAAUAUCCGCUUUAUCAUUGCUGCAGCCCACGCUCUCGAAGGCUGA